AUGUCAACUGAGACAAAUGAUGAAGAUGAAGCAGAAAAAGAAACUUUGGAUUUCACCAAAAUGUACAAAACUGUUCUACAAAGAUCAGAGGUUCCUAAGCUUGAGAUUCCAUUUGCAGUUCAGGAUGUCUUCAGUAGGAUUGAGCAAGCACAGGUCCAGCGAGCCAGAGAGCAUCUUAAUAUGCAGCUGACAGACAUAAUGCAAAAUGUGAAGCGUAUAAUAGAUCGCUAUACUAUGUAUGAGAAUAUGCAUGCUGGAAGGAAAAUAUCCCUUACAGAACGUAAGAAACAGAAAGGAAGUUUGCUGGAGAAAAUAACUGCUUGUGCUAAGACUGCUGAAAUUAAAAACAAGACUCUUGCCUACAUUCUGGCCUGGUUGGAAGAAUGGAAUGUCACUUUGUCUGAGAUUACUGAAAUUGAUAUUGACGAACACCAUCACUGUUUAGCACAAAUGGAGAUGUUACCAGAAACGUUCAAAGCUAUUGAGAACAAUAUCAAGAUACUAAGCAGAAUUAGUAUGUAUUUGCUUGAAGAAAAGAAGAAACAAAAGAAAAAAACAGCAUCUAGAGGUUCUCUAUGGAAAUCAUGGAAAGAAAGAGUUAUAAAGCGACCUGCAACAGCUCAUGCUUUAAGACCAGAUCAGAUGAUUAGUGAUCAAUUUGCCACCGAAAAAAAGGUGUCAGAAAUCCAAGAUAUGCUUCAGGAACUCAUAGGUACUUCAAUGUUCAAUAAACUGGAAAACAAUGCUAUUAAAUAUAUAUCAUCAACAACAGUAAACCUUUCUAAAGCUUUGAGUACACUAAAUGAUGAAGUAAAAGCUAUUAACCUCCAUACUUCUGAUAUAUAUGCAAAUGAGACAGUUGAAAGAGAACAAGAGAUUUCCCUGAAGAUAAUACAAGAUCUCAGUGAAAGAAAUGAAAUGCUUCAGCAAAAACUUCAAGAAGCAGAAGAAAAAUAUGAACGCCUUAUUCGAUCCAAAGUUUUAGAGCACCAAGCAUUGCCCACAUCAACACUGAAAGUGUUACCUGAGCCUUCUCCACAAUCAGCCAUUAGCCAAGCUGACACAGAAGAAAAUUUAGACAGUAUUUUGGCCAAAGAAUUUGAAAACAUGGUAGAUGAGGCCCCCCAAAAAGGGACCAAAGCCUUGGGGAUCAAGUGGGAUUCAUCUCAUUUAUAUGCAGCCCAAGGUGAAACUACUGAAGAUUUAACUGGUGAGCAGAAAAAGUCUUCUGGAGAGAUCACUGAAGAUAAGAUAUCAGUGAAGAAAGGUGGUGCCUUUCAGAAAAAUGGGGCUGACGAGUUUCAGUCACAGAAAAAAAAGCAUACAAAAGGCCUGUCUGUUCAGGAGACCUCUGAAUCAAAUGUGAAUGAUGAUAAAGGUAAACAGAAAGUCACAGGGACCAAACCUGAUCACCACUUAGAAUUACAAGCACUGGAUAAGAAGAGAAAAGAAACAAAAUCCUUUCCUGAAGGCAAAUCAAAGUCACUCACUGAAUCAAAAAAUCAACAUUUUCCUUCUGAUUUCCCUUCUGACAAGAGCCAAGGUGGUAAAAGUGGAACAAGUGGUAUACUGGAACAACUCAGGGAGGCUAAAUCUGAAUAUUCACAGAGUAAAAGUCAAAUUUCUUCAGAGAAUAAAGAGGAGCUCACCACUGAGUCACUGAACAAAGAUGGCAGAAAUGAGAUGAGCAGCCAACCAGAGCCAUCCAGUUUGAGCCAACUUGAUUAUUCCUCUGAAAAAAUAAAAGGAAAGAAACACCAUAUCUCUCCAGGAAGCACUACAAGAAAAGAAGAAAAAUCUGAAGAGAAAGAUAUGUCAGUCUUCACAAAGAAAUUCAAGUCUCUUACACUUGCUAAAUCAGGUAUCCCAGAUGGCGAAAGUGAACAGAGUAACCUAGAAGAAGUUCAGAAAGCCAUAGUGUCAUUCCUUAAAGAGAAAACUGAUAACAUAGGAAAGCCCUUAGAUAAAAAGACUGAGUCAAAAAAAGAGUUAUUAUUACGAAGAUCAGAAGUUGAGAAAUUAGGAAUCAUAAAGGCAAAAAUGGAGGAAUAUUUCCAAAAAGUGGCUGAAACUGUGACAAAAAUCUUAAGAAAAUACAAAGAUACAAAAAAUGAAGGACGAAUUAGAGAGAAACCUUUGAAACAAAAAGAGGCAGUCUCAUUUAUGCCAGAAUGGCAUUCUCAGGAAAUAACUAGUGCAAAGUCAGAAAUUAGCACCUUAAUUUCACAGGAGAGGCUUGACCCACUAACUGACAAUUUAAUACAAAUGAUCUUGACCGAACUAGAAAGUGAAAGGAACGUUCCAGAAGCCUCAACAGUAGGGACAGAUUAUAAACAGAAGGAAAAACAAGAGCUAGAAGAAAGGAGGUUUGAGAUGAUAAAUAAGAAUUUGGAGAAGGAAGGGGCAUGGCUCCCAAUGAAGGAGGGAAAGCAAGGGCAACAGAAGCAGAAACAGUGGCAGGAAGAAGAGGUAUGGAAGGAACAGCAAAAACACAAUAUACAAAAGCAGAUCGAGUCAGAUGAGAAGCAAAAGCAAAGGGAAGAGGAGAAAGAAGGGUAUCAGAAGUCAAAGCAGCAGCAGUUGGAAGCAUGGGAACAAAAAAUGAAACAACAAGGUGUGCCUUUGGAGAAGGAGAAAGGACAGCAGAUGAUGCAGGUUCAGAGGGAAGUGAGACAUCUGGAGCAAGAAAGCAGUUUGGAGAGAGAGGAGGAGAAGCAGAAGGCAAGGAGAAAGGUAGGGGACUAUGAAAGUCAGAAGGAAAAAACAGCAAAGAAGAUGAAGACAUCUGAACAGCUAGAACAGGUGCUCAGUCAGACUUCGGUCCCAUUGUUUCACAGGUGGGAGAGCACACAGAAAGACAUACCGCAGAUACACCAACGAAAAGAUUUCACUGGGAAUCUUAAGAAAUUAGGGGAUCUGGCUGAAGGAAAGCAUCCCACUCCAAUCACUACUCCCAUCUCCACACAAUCUUCCUCACGUGGAUCCUCUUCUGUUUCUGGAGCAUCUCUUGCAAAGUGCAUCACUCUCACCCCUCAGCAAGCCCAGGCACUUGGGAUCACUCUCACCCCUCAACAAGCUCAGGUACCAGGGAUCACUCUCACCCCUCAGCAGGCCCAGGCACUUGGGAUCACCCUCACCCCUCAACAAGCUCAGGCACCAGGGAUCACUCUCACCCCUCAGCAGGCCCAGGCACUUGGGAUCACUCUCACCCCUCAACAAGCUCAGGCACCAGGGAUCACUCUCACCCCUCAGCAGGCCCAGGCACUUGGGAUCACUCUCACCCCUCAACAAGCUCAGGCACCAGGGAUCACUCUCACCCCUCAGCAGGCCCAGGCACUUGGGAUCACCCUCACCCCUCAACAAGCUCAGGCACCAGGGAUCACUCUCACCCCUCAGCAGGCCCAGGCACUUGGGAUCACUCUCACCCCUCAACAAGCUCAGGCACCAGGGAUCACUCUCACCCCUCAGCAGGCCCAGGCACUUGGGAUCAGUCUCACCGCUCAACAAGCUCAGGCACCAGGGAUCACUCUCACCCCUCAGCAGGCCCAGGCACUUGGGAUCACUCUCACCGCUCAACAAGCUCAGGCACCAGGGAUCACUCUCACCCCUCAGCAGGCCCAGGCACUUGGGAUCACUCUCACCCCUCAACAAGCUCAGGCACCAGGGAUCACUCUCACUCCUCAGCAGGCCCAGGCACUUGGGAUCACUCUCACCGCUCAACAAGCUCAGGCACCAGGGAUCACUCUCACCCCUCAGCAGGCCCAGGCACUUGGGAUCACCCUCACCCCUGAACAAGCUCAGGCACCAGGGAUCACUCUCACCCCUCAGCAGGCCCAGGCACUUGGGAUCACCCUCACCCCUCAACAAGCUCAGGCACCAGGGAUCACUCUCACCCCUCAGCAGGCCCAGGCACUUGGGAUCACCCUCACCCCUCAACAAGCUCAGGCACCAGGGAUCACUCUCACCCCUCAGCAGGCCCAGGCACUUGGGAUCACUCUCACCCCUCAACAAGCUCAGGCACCAGGGAUCACUCUCACCCCUCAGCAGGCCCAGGCACUUGGGAUCACCCUCACCCCUCAACAAGCUCAGGCACCAGGGAUCACUCUCACCCCUCAGCAGGCCCAGGCACUUGGGAUCACCCUCACCCCUCAACAAGCUCAGGCACCAGGGAUCACUCUCACCCCUCAGCAGGCCCAGGCACUUGGGAUCACUCUCACCGCUCAACAAGCUCAGGCACCAGGGAUCACUCUCACCCCUCAGCAGGCCCAGGCACUUGGGAUCACUCUCACCCCUCAACAAGCUCAGGCACCAGGGAUCACUCUCACCCCUCAGCAGGCCCAGGCACUUGGGAUCACUCUCACCCCUCAACAAGCUCAGGCACCAGGGAUCACUCUCACCCCUCAGCAGGCCCAGGCACUUGGGAUCACUCUCACCGCUCAACAAGCUCAGGCACCAGGGAUCACUCUCACCCCUCAGCAGGCCCAGGCACUUGGGAUCACCCUCACCCCUCAACAAGCUCAGGCACCAGGGAUCACUCUCACCCCUCAGCAGGCCCAGGCACUUGGGAUCACUCUCACCCCUCAACAAGCUCAGGCACCAGGGAUCACUCUCACCCCUCAGCAGGCCCAGGCACUUGGGAUCACUCUCACCCCUCAACAAGCUCAGGCACCAGGGAUCACUCUCACCCCUCAGCAGGCCCAGGCACUUGGGAUCACUCUCACCGCUCAACAAGCUCAGGCACCAGGGAUCACUCUCACCCCUCAGCAGGCCCAGGCACUUGGGAUCACUCUCACCCCUCAACAAGCUCAGGCAUCAGGGAUCACUCUCACAGUUCAGCAGGCCCGGGCACUGGGGAUUCCUGUCACCCUGCAGCAUAUCCAGGAAGUGGGGGUUUCUUUCACUCCUCAACACACUCAGGCACUGGGGAUUCCUAUCACCCCUCAGCAGGCUGAAGCUCAGACUCUGACUCUCACCCCUCAGCAGACCCAGGAUUUGGGAAUCCCUGCCACCCCUCAGCAGGCCCAGGCUCAGGGCAUCGUCUUCACCCCUCAGCAAGCCCAGGCAUUGGGGAUCCAUGUGACCCCUGAACAGGCCCAUGCCCUGGGUAUCCAUGUCACCUCUGAGCAGGCCCGUGCACUAGGGAUCACUCUCACUCCUGAUCAGGCCCAGGCACCUUGGGUGUCUCUUACUUCUCAGCAGGCCCAGGCACUGAGGAUCCACAUCACCCCUGAGCAGGUACAGGCUCAGGGCAUCACUCUUACCCCUCAGCAGUUCCAGGCACUGAGAAUCCCUGUCACCAUUCCACAGGCUCGGGAUUUGGGGGCCCCUUUCACUUUAGGACAGGCUCAAGCAUUGGGGGUUUCUCUCUCUCGUGAACAGCUUGCAGAAUUAGGGGUUCCUCUCACCUCAGAUAAAGUGUAUACCUUAGAAUAUCCUCACAUCCCAGAACAAAUCCAACCUUUGGACGCUCCUUUCACCCCAGGGGAGGCCUGGUCCGUGGGUAUUACUGUUAGGUCUGUGCAGGACCCAACAUCAACAACUCCUCUCAUGAAGGAGCAGCCCUUACCACCCUGGGCUGGUCCUCCUUCAGAGCAUACACUGAAAGCUGGGAUCUCUUCCAUUACUGAUAAAUCUGUCACAAAACAUGCUCCUCACACUCCUAAGGCGUCCCCAGUAUCAUCUGCUGCUAUUGCUGAGAAGUCCCUUGUAUUUGAGGUGCCUUCUACUCCUAUGCGUCUAUCAAGGUUUCCUCUUAAACAAGCCCCCUCUGAGAAAUUCUUGGGCAUGAGGAUUCCUUCAGACCCUGAGAAGCUCCUGGCACCACAGACUUCACCUUCCUCCAGACAGACCCUAGUGUCUAAGGAUCUAUCAACCUCUGUUCCGUUCCCAACACCAGUUCCCAGUCCAAUAUUUGAGCUUUCUCCCACUUCACAGCAGCCCCUUGAACCAAAGGCCCUUCUUAGUUCUGGGCGAUUCUUCAUAUCUAGGGACUCUAUGACUCCCCAGUCACCUUUGACAUUGAAGCCCCUUCCUGACCCCAGACAGCCCCUUAUAUCUGGAGUCCCAGUCACCUCUGCACAGAUUCCCAAAAUCUGGGCUCCUCUCCCUUCUGGGAACUGCUUGUUUCCUGGGACCUCUUCCAUCCCUCAAGAGUUCUUGAAAUCUGGACCCUUAACACUCUCUGAGCAGUUUCAGGCAUCCCAGACCUUUGCCACUCGUAAAUCUCCCCAGUUACAAGCCCCUUCUACCCUUAGGCAGCAUCUGCCACAAAGGACCCUUCCUGGGCAAGCUUCCCCAGUAUGGGUCUCUCCCACCCCUGGGCAUCCCCUAACACUGUUGACUCCCUCAAUCCCUGAAAAGCCACAGAAAGAUUUGUCCUCUGCUGUUUCUAAGAAAAGGAAGGAAAGAUUGUCAAUUAUUUCUUCUCUGAAAUUGAAAUCAGUAUUGGUCCAUCCCAGUGCUCCAAGUUUCAAGGUAAUUCAAGCCCCUGAUGCUUCUGAAGAAAUCCAGAUACCCGAAGAUCCUUUUACCGUGGAACGAUUUAGAAUGUUUAAGUCCCAUCUCACUGAUUACAAGACACCAGUAUCACAAGCCCCUCAUGUUCAUGAGAGGACCCUUCCUACUCUCAUUAAGCCUGUAACGCCACUACCUUCUCUUAUCACGACUCAACUACUCAAAACACGGCAGAGCUCACCUUCUGAAUGGGACCAGAAAUCCCCACUUCCCCCUAUCAAUAUGCCCUGGGUGCUGACUUCAGUUUCAGAUACCAAGCAACCCAAGAUGAUGGUGCCCACUUCCCAUCCCCAAGAGCUCAAAGAACAGAACUAUUUUGUUGAUGUGGAAGCUCAGCGGAAGAACCUGAUACUCUUAAAUCAGGCCACAAAAGCUGCUACACUCCCUUCACAGCUACACACAGAAGCUAGGAAUCUCAUAAUUGAGACACUUCAUACAGACAAAGUUCGGCUGGGAUACUUAUUCCGCAAGUACAAUGCCUACAGACUGAUCCAGCGGGCAAGAAACAACAUAAUUAAACGAUUACAAGCCAUCCAGAAUACUGGAAGAAGUUAUGAGACCCAGAACCUCUACAUAAUGCUGAAGAGGAUUGAUGAUUAUCAAAAAAAGGUGAUGCAGAUCUGGACAGAGAAGCAGAAUUCUCUAGAGCAGAAACGGAAUCGGUGCCUAAGGAAAAUGACGUACUUAUUCAGCCAGCUUCAAGAGACAUAUAAAUUGAAUCUCGAUCAACCUAUCCCUUUGGUCAUUGAAAAAAAGCAAAUACCUGCCUCUACCAAAUCUGUUCAAAAGCCAUGCCUAAAGCUACUGAAAGAAGACAAAAGGAAGUAUAACAUUCUCAAUAAAUUUAGAAAAGACGACCAACUGCAAGCCAUCUGGAAUGCAGAUCUAUCCACUUCGAGUUACCCAAUAACAGAGAAGACAUCAAUGCAUUCACUCUGGGCCCAGCUGGGUGGGUACCCAGAUAUUCCUAUGCUGCUUCAGUUAGAUGUUCAGUCAGCCUUCAUAAGAUCUCUUACAUGUAUUCAGUCAAGGUAA